CAACUUUUGAGGUCGCGUUAGGAAGGGAGGCGACAGUUAACGUUCAAUAACAAAUCGGGGGUAAAGGCCGGGCGCUACACGGCCUUCAUUGUAUAUAUUGCUUUUAAUGUUCAACUUAAUCGUGUGUGCAGGGUUAGGAUGUAUUUAUCACGAGGAAGCUGGUGUGUGUGGCGGGCCCUAGGGAGGCGAAGGGAGCCGUGGCGAGGGAGUGGAGUGCACACUUGGUCACCCCUCGCCUCGGCACUCAACUCUCGCCCCAGCAAACUACUCUCUCUACAGUUUAAAGGAAACUCGGUAAGAAAGGGGUUGUUUGGUCACCCUGAACUACAAGAGCCUGGAGGAUUUUAUCUAUUGAAAGAGAAUGCCAUGUUUGAGAGUGAUGACCUGGUUAAGGAGUGCUGCUCCCCCAACAGGUCCAGGAAGAUGGUGGAGGUGUUUGACCAGCUGUCUGAUACCUUGUGUCGUGUGGCAGACUUGGCAGAGUUUGUGCGGCUGGCCCACCCACAGGCCCGCUAUGCCCAAGCAGCAGAGGAUGCAUGUAUUGCAAUUAGUGGUCUGGUGGAGAAGCUCAACACACACGCCAAGCUGUACCAGUGCCUGCGUGAGGUGGUUCUUCAUGGGGAUCACAUGCCGACCACAGAAGUGGACCAGCAUGUUGCCAGACUUUUCCUGCAUGACUUUGAACAAUCAGGUAUUCACCUAAAUGAGAACCAGAGGCAGAGAGUUGUGAGUCUGAAUGAGUUGAUCCUCACAAUGGGACAACACUUUAUGAAUGGGUCACACCAUCCCAGAGCUGUGCCAAAGGAUAAGCUGCCAGAGGCCAUCAGACAACAUUUUGCCAUUGAUGGGAACAAUAUCGUUGUGACCGGCCUUUAUGCAGAUGCACCCCAAGAGAUCACUCGGGAGGCUGCCUACAAGAUCUACCUCUUCCCUGAUCCUCACCAAGAAGACAUGUUAACUGAAAUGCUCAAUGGAAGACAUGAGAUGGCAACACUUUGUGGCUUCCCUUCAUAUGCACACAGGGCAGUCAGUGGUAGUUUGGCAGAGACUCCAGAGUUUGUGGUGGAGUUCUUAGAGCUGCUUGCUGAGAAAGUUCGUCCAAGGGCACAGGAGGACUUUGAGGAGAUGGCUGCAGCUAAGAAAUUCCAGCAGGGCAAUUCAAGAGGCCUUGCACCUUGGGAUGUGUUACACUUCACUCGAAUUCUGCGACAGAACAAGUGUGAAGUGAGUGCCAACAUUUUAGCUCCUUACUUCUCUCUGGGAGCUGUCAUGGAAGGCCUUAGUGGGCUGCUACACAAUCUUUAUGAUGUGACCCUGGAAGUGGAAGAGCCUACUCCAGGGGAACUGUGGGCAACAGACAUCUAUAAAUUGGCAGUGAAGCAUGGAAGUGAAGGUGUCCUCGGCCAUAUCUACUGUGACUUCUAUGAGCGUGUUGGAAAGCCUCACCAGGACUGCCACUUCACUAUAAGGGGUGGGAAGUGUCUGCCAGAUGGAUCUUAUCAGAAUCCAGUAGUGGUGCUUCACCUGAACUUGCCCUCACCCUCCUGGUCCUGCCCAUCCCUUCUGACACCCAGCAUGGUGGAGAACCUUUUUCAUGAGAUGGGUCAUGCCCUUCACUCCAUGCUGGCCAGGACACAGUACCAGCAUGUGACAGGAACCAGAUGCAGCACUGAUUUUGCUGAGGUUCCUUCAAUCCUCAUGGAAUCAUUUGCUCAAGAUCCCAGGGUUCUCAGCACCUUUGCACGGCACUACAAGACUGGGGAUAAGAUGCCUGCAGACCUCUUGGAGAAAAUGAUUGCUGCAAGGUCUAUCUUUGCAGCUUCUGAGAUGCAACUACAGACCUUUUAUGCCUUACUGGACCAGCACCUCCAUGGGGCUGAGCGCUGGUCUUCAUCCGUCUCCACUACACAGAUCCUUGAGGAAGUCCAGAAUAAAUACUAUGGUCUUCCAUAUGUCAAGAAUACAGCCUGGCAGUUGAGGUUUGGUCAUCUUGUAGGAUAUGGAGCAAAAUAUUACUCCUAUCUUUUGUCUCGUGCUGUGGCCUCAUGGAUAUGGCAAGAGUACUUUGCAGAAGAUCCAUUCAGCAGGGAGAUGGGUGAGAAGUACCGUGCAGAAGUGCUGUCCCAUGGUGGAGGAAAGCCACCUCGAGCUCUGGUGGAAGACUUUCUGGAGCGUAGUGUGGAAUCUGGCAGCACUGUGAGGGCAUUGAUGACAGACCUGGACCAAAGGAAGUGCCAAGUAGCAGCAGCAUUUAGCUGAACCAUUACUAAUUUAUCAGAAAUGAACUGCUUCAGUUAUACUUUAGGUUGCUGUAUGUCCAACCUGCAGCCAACAAUGCUCAUUUAAAAUGAGUAACAACUAUUUCAUAUGCAAUGUGAGACAUUGCAUAUAGAAAAAUCAUGUGGAAGUUCAGCUUGACCAAUGAACGAAAGAGGCAUGUGCCAUAACCUUCUUUACGAAAAUCAAUAAGCGAUGAAACACGAAAGAAGAAAGAAUACAAGACCAGAAUGGAAGAAGAAAGAAAUGAAGGAUGAAUUACAAAAGUAGAAAUAAUAACUGAGGAAGAAUAUAAACAUGAGAGUGUGUACCAGUGUUGCAAUAAUUUAUCACUACCUGAUAGAUAAGAGAUAAGAAGAGAUCACCAAAAAAACUAUCAAGAUCUGGUGAGUCAUCACAAGACAAAUACAGUAUGUAAAUAAGAUUGAGCUAACAGCAGAGGUAUAUAGAAUUAAUAGACAAGGAAACUGGAAGUACUAGGACAGUGAGGGAUCAUGCUGAGGAAGUGUAUACAAGAAAGUGGACACAACAGUUAUCAAAACUCUACCUCCUCAUUCCUGCCUGGAUGAAGACAUGAGUUACCAAAGUUAUGGGAAGAUAAAAUGGAAGAAAAAUAAACAAAUAAAAUAAAAUAAAAUAAAUUUGUUGGGGGAUAGUCAUCAUAUCAGCAUAGGGUAUGCAGGGCAAGAGACAGAAAGGGACAGAAAACAGUCAAACUAAACAGAGCUGUCAGAGAGGGUCAAGAUGAGCAAGGUGCCCAUCACAGUAGUUAUAAGUAGAGCUGAACAGUUAAAUGCAGUCCAGAGUAAAAUGUUAGUUAUAUAUUGAGAAGUGUAAUUGAGUAUGUGUAGCAUGUGUUUGUUACUGGAUGUUAAUCGUGUGAAGUGAUACAAAUCAGAAAUAGGAUUUCAAGACAUCAGUUUGCAGAAAGAGAUGAAUCAGUAUUAUGUAACUUUUAUUACUGUGCAAAGAAUGUUGUGUAUGACUGCUGGAAGUUAUAUAUGAUUAUGUGAGUGUAAAUAUAUGUAAAUAAUAUAAUUAAGUAAAGUUUAUAAAACUCGA